GAUAGCUUGGGCUGUUGCCUUGAUUGAUUUUUAUGAUUAUUCUUUGUCGUCUACCAUGGAGGAUGCCGGGCCACCGCUUCUUUCCCCUGGGGCAGUCGACGAGCACAGCCACCUUCAAGAGCAGUUACUUUCUAAGGCUUCAAAGCCCUCAUUCUCCUCCACCACUUUCACCCUCGGCACCGAUGACAUCCCUCCCAUCAACGGAAUACGCGACUUCUUUAGAGAAUACUUGAUUGAGUCCAAGAAGCUUUGGUUCCUUGCUGGCCCCGCCAUCUUCACCUCGAUCUGCCAAUACUCCCUUGGCGCCAUCACUCAAGUGUUUUCUGGUCAGGUUGGCACUCUGGCUCUCGCCGCCGUCUCCGUGGAGAACUCUGUCAUCGCCGGUUUCUCCUUCGGUGUCAUGCUUGGCAUGGGAAGCGCACUGGAAACUUUAUGCGGCCAAGCGUUUGGAGCAGGGCAGCCUGAUAUGCUAGGAAUAUAUAUGCAAAGAUCAUGGGUCAUCCUCAACUCAACGGCUUUGAUUCUAAGCUUGUUAUACAUAUUCGCGGCCCCACUUUUGAAGCUAAUAGGCCAAACAGCAAGCAUAUCCAAGGCAGCCGGAAUAUUCUCAAUAUGGAUGAUACCGCAGCUGUUUGCUUACGCUUUUAAUUUCCCGAUGGCAAAGUUUUUACAGGCGCAGAGCAAGAUGCUGGUGAUGGCGGUAAUAGCCGGUGUGGCCUUGGUUUUGCACAUCAUAUUCAGUUGGCUCUUGAUGUUAAAACUGGGAUGGGGUCUUGUAGGGGCAGCCAUUGUAUUAAAUGCAUCGUGGAUUUUAAUCGAUGUGGCUCAGUUCUUGUACAUUAUUGGUGGUAGUUGUGGGCGCGCUUGGACCGGCUUGUCUUGGAAGGCUUUUCAACAUUUGUGGGGAUUUGUUAAAUUGUCUUUAGCUUCAGCAGUGAUGCUCUGUUUAGAGGUGUGGUAUUUUAUGGCAUUGAUACUCUUCGCUGGAUACCUAAAGAAUGCAGAAGUGUCUGUGGAUGCAUUGUCCAUCUGUAUGAACAUAUUGGGAUGGACAGUCAUGAUAGCUUUGGGAAUGAAUGCAGCUAUAAGCGUAAGAGUUUCCAAUGAACUGGGAGCAGGGCAUCCAAGAACAGCAAAAUUUUCAUUGGUGGUGGCCGUCGUCUCUUCCUUUCUAAUUGGUGUCAUCAUCUCCCUUAUUCUCAUCAUCUUUAGGGAUGAAUAUCCCUACUUGUUUUCAAAUGAUUCACAAGUUCAAGAUCUGGUAAAGGAGCUCACCCCGCUGUUGGCUCUGUGCAUUAUCAUCAACAAUGUUCAACCUGUCCUCUCAGGGGUGGCCAUUGGAGCUGGAUGGCAAGCUGCUGUGGCUUACGUAAAUAUUGCAUGUUACUAUGUCUUUGGAGUUCCCUUGGGCCUCACAUUAGGGUACGCGCUUGACAUGGGUGUCCAGGGAAUUUGGUGUGGGAUGCUAUCAGGAACAGUCUUACAGACUUGUGUACUGUUUGGAAUGAUAUACAAAACCAACUGGAACAGAGAGGCUUCAAUCGCUGAGGAGAGGAUAAAGAAAUGGGGAGGAAACAUUGAAUCUAAAGACGACAAUGUGGAAAAUAAUGCAGAAGACAUUAUGAUUGCAAAUGAAUGACUUAAAUGACCUUUUGGCUCAUUAUGACGUAUUAAGUGAACUUUCAAUUUCGUCAGUUGCAAGAUCAUCUUUCGCUAUAUGCCCAUAAGAGGAGAUAAAUUUAAUAACUUUACAUAUGAUGACAAUUCUCUGCAAGAAUAUUCAAGCUCUCCAUUUUUUUCUUCAAAAUGAAAAAAAAAAAAGGAAAAUCUUGGAAUGCUUUGUUCUCUCUAAGAUUAAUAGUGUCCAAAUAUCCACUUCCUUUCAUUAUUUUUUUUCUUUUUUUCUUUUCGCCGGUGAGAAAGAAAUUGAGAGAA